AUGUCAAGAUGUAAAGCGUUUGCGGAUCAGGCUUAUUAUGCCAUUGAAUCCAACAAAGAAUUACGGAGAAGAUAUUUCAAAACCGACAGCUUAAAACACGUUAAUUCCAUUCGAAGGGCUUACGUCCAAAUCGAGAAUGCAUGCGAUAUUAAACGACAAAACAUACCUUUUAAAUGUAAAAACAGUGAAGGCUCUUGUACCCCUCGUUGCCAUGCUUACAUACAUCCUGGAAAGGAUAAAGUUUAUCUAUGCACUCCUUUUUUUGAAAAUAAUGUCGAUGGAGCAGCCAAAACUCUCAUACACGAGUUGUCACAUUUAGAUUCCAUUAGAGAGACUAACGAUCACGCCUAUGGGGACGAUAAGUCAAAAGGCCACAGUGGCGGCGGCGAUGGCAGCGAUGGCGGCGGUGAUGGCAGCGAUGGCGGCGGCGAUGGCAGCGAUGGCGGCGGUGAUCCAUAUCCUCAUAUUACCUACCCACCUUUUAGGGGCGGUGGCGACGGCGGCACUGGCUACGGCAACAGGGAUGGCGAUGGCGGCGGUGAUCCAUCUCCUUACAUUACCUACCCACCUUUUAAGGGGGGUGAUUCAUGGCAUUAUGGCUAG